CAGGGUACCACCCAAAUCCAUGGUACCUGGGUCCCAGCCAAGCGGCACCCCCCAAACGGAGGAUAUCUUAGAAACCGUUAGAGCUGUUUUCUUUUCCCUCCCUCGUCAGAUAAGCAAAAGCAUUUCAACCACAGCCAUGAACUGCUGUGGUGGGGCUCUAACCCUACCAUACAUCUUGCCACUUCAUCACCUUCCGAACCCUAACCCUAAUCACUCUCUCAAAUUCUCCACCUCGUCUUCUCCAUUCCUCUCCUCCUCCAAUUCUCCCAAAAUCACCAUCCCUGGGAACUUCAAUCGCCUACGGAAUCGCCGCAACCGCUCAUCGAAGGAUGCGUGCUUUUCAGAUCUUCCGCUUCUUCCCUUCCAAUCAGAAGAGGUUCUUGUUCCAUCAGAGAUGAAGACUUUGCACUUGUAUGAAUCUAGGUUUCUUGCAUUGCUAGAAGAGGCAUUAGUUUCAAAGAAGCUCUUUGUUCAUUUUGUGUUAGAGCCAGUUCUUACUAGCGGAUCUUCACUUGGAGCAUCCUUUGCAGCCAGAUAUGGUAGUUUAGUUCUAAUAGAAAACGUAGAACGACUAGAAAUUGGAGCAUUAGUUUCUAUAAGGGGCAUUGGUCGAGUUAGCAUCGUGAAAUUUGUACAAAUGGAACCCUACUUGAGAGGAGUUGUCAUACCGCUGCAAGACAAUAUUCCAGAUAGUCCAAUCAAAAUAAAUUCUACAGUGAUGGAGCUGUCAGAAGCUCUUUACAGUUUAAAUAGCUUGCAAAUCAAAUUGAAGGCUUCCAAGGAUGAAUUGUUGCAGACCCCUCUUGCAAAUUCUCUAAGAUGGGCUGAGAAAGAACGAAUUGUAGACUGUGAUAUAGCUUUCAUUCCAUCAUUAGCUGAGCGUGUAUCCUUUGCAGCACUCCAACCUGUUUCAGGAAUGACACGUUCGGAAUUGCUAGCUUUGCAGAGAGAGAAAUUACAGGCUAUGGAUUUGAAAGACAGACCAGAAAGGCUAGCCAAUUCAUUACAAUUGGUCAAGCAGCAAAUCGCCGUGGUUGCUGCCAAGCUUGCUAUUCAGUCGUUGGAAGCAUAGUUAGCCAUAGAAUGACCAUUUGCUCCUGAUCAAGCAGACUCGACUGCACAAUUGGGCCAUGCGCGCAGAAAAAUCUAGCUGUUGAGCCAGUGAAAUAACACACUAAAAAUGCCUUUUUGGUGUUAGUGCAUCUCAACGAGGGGUUUGUAACCAUGAAUAACAUGGCAAUAUGGCAUUGCAUUUGUUCUUAUAAUAUUUAAGGGUGGCAGACCAGCGAACUCAGCCUGGCUUUGGACC